GGGGGUAAUUUGAUGCCUGAAAGAAUGAGACUGUUGAAGGUUCACCUCCCCAAAUGACAGCUUGCUCAGCAGUCUGCCGCCUGACCAGUGAGCUGCCAGAGCCGCGCUGUCUGCGCCCAACUCAAAGGUCUCUGCACGUUGGACUUCAGGCACCGGCAGCGGCGGAUACGAUUGUACUGCUGACACCUGAUAUAUGUGCACACGUAUCAGAAAGGUGCACCACAGAAUGUCUUCCCUCUCCCAGCUGAAGGAACUUUUCCGUAGGGCGGAUGCAGUUUGCUUUGAUGUGGACAGCACGGUUAUUAAAGAGGAGGGCAUAGAUGAACUGGCUAAGUUCUGCGGAGUGGGAGAUGCUGUGGCAGAGAUGACUCGCAAAGCAAUGGGAGGAUCUCUGACCUUCAAGGCUGCUCUGACUGAGAGGCUGGCAUUAAUUCGCCCAUCUAGGGAACAAGUACAAGCUUUGAUAACGGAGCACCCUCCAAGGCUCACCGAGGGGAUAAAAGACCUCAUUUAUCGACUGCACCAGCGAAAUGUCCAGGUUUUCCUGAUAUCUGGAGGAUUUCGUAGCAUUGUGGAACAUGUAGCCGCAGAAUUGGACAUCCCAAUCACUAAUGUGUAUGCAAACAGGCUCAAGUUUUAUUUCAAUGGUGAAUAUGCUGGCUUUGAUGAGGCACAGCUCACGGCAGAAUCUGGUGGUAAAGGAAAAGUGAUCGGCUUAUUAAAGGAGAAGUAUGGCUUACACCAUGUAGUAAUGAUUGGUGAUGGAGCUACUGACAUGGAAGCCUGUCCUCCUGCUGACGGUUUCAUUGGAUUUGGAGGAAAUGUUAUCAGACAACAAGUAAGGGAAAAGGCCAAGUGGUACAUUACAGACUUCGAGGAGCUCUUGAGGGAACUGGACAAUAACAGCAUCAAAAUGAACCACAAUGAAAUAAUUGACUAACAAUAUGCUCCCGCUUAGUAUAGGAUUUUCUUCAAAUUGCAGUGUGGUCUGUACACUGCUGAAAGACAGAAGGAAAUGGAUAUGGAUGAUAGAUAGUCCUUAUAGUAAUAUGUAACAGGUAUGGUCUAGUCUGACAGUUAACACUGAGCAUGCUGUCAUGGUAUGACCAUCUGACCAGCUAUCCGUUUUAAAGCAAAACUCCACCCUAAACAAGAAGGUAUGGCUGGAGCUAAGCUUAAUAUCCCAUUCUUCCAAGUCCUACUCACUGGGAUCCAUGAAUUGGCUACCUGGAUUGCUGUAUGUAGUGAGGAAAUGUUAUCUGCUUCCUGCACCUUUUUGACUUGGGUGCUUUAAAGGGGUUUUCCAGGAGUACAAUAUUGAUUAGGUCAUCAAUAUCUCAUUGGUGGAGGUUCCUACUUCCGACACCCCCACUGAUCAGCUAUUUGAAGAAGCUAUCGCACUCUAGUGAGCUCUGUGGCCUCUUCCUAGGGCAGUGAUGUCACAUUUAUUGUUCACAUGGCCUGUGUGCAGCUCGGUUCAAUGUAAUGUACGGCAUUUCGCUUGGUAUGCUAUGAGAACACUGAAGCCUCUUCAAACCCUUCAUCAGUGACAGUGCUGCAUGUUGGGUCCUCGCCUACUAGAUAUUGAUAGUGAGAUGCACAAGGGAGAAGGUCAAUUGAAAGGAGUUCAACUGACCAAGGCAAAUGGAGAAACGUACGAAAGCGCCUGUAUUUUACUUGCUCCUGAUAAAGGGGAAACCUUGAUCCCCCGAAACGCGUUGAGCCAUAUAUUGUACAUUUAAAGGUGAUUUGAUCAGAAGCGCUGUGCCUCGCUGCCAUCAUUCACUGUGAUUCUACAAACGAUCCUGGCCAGGGGGGACCCGUCCCAGGUGUCGUGCUUAUCCUGCUGACUACCCCCCAGUGAAGUAAGUGCCUCACUGGAUGUUUCCCAUCCAUUUUAUCUCAUGCUUUUAUCUCUUGUCUUUAACCUCGUGUUUUUAAUCUCCUGCUGUUGCUGGAAGUGACCAUUGUCUGUUUUAAUCUACCCUUUAUUUUGUGUACCACUGAGACAGUACAUUCUCCACCUACUCUCAGCUUGGAUUGGCGCUUUCGUACGUUUCUCCAUUUCCCUUGGUCAGUUGAACUCCUUUUCAAUUGACCUUCUCCCUUGUGUAUCUCAUUUUUGCAUAGAGUGCCUUCAUUGGACACUUCUUUAGCUGCCUUCCUUGCGCUACUCUGACCUACUAUACCACUCUGUACCACCACUAGCGGCGCCUACUUUCACACACUCUGGGGUUUAUUCCAGAUCCUUGAGUGGUUGAAUUAACUAACUUCUUUUAUUUUCCCUUCUAUAGAUAUUGAUAGGUCAUCAAUAUUCUACUCCUGGAAAACCUCUUUUAGGCCUUUUUCAGACUGGCAUUAGGAUUGUCCGGCAGAGGAACAGCCUGCCGGAUCUAUACUAACGUUUGCAUGAGUGUGCUGCUGGAAGUCUGCCCUGGCCUCAUUCACCAUAAUGUGGACCGGCGGGAGAUGCGGCUGCAGCACGGCAAACAUGCCAAGAGGUGGCCGGACAAGCCUAAUGCCAGUGUAAAAGAAGCCUUAAAGUUGCCAUCAACAUUCCAAUAAUUUAUACAAUUCUAUUGAUAAAAAAAUAAUAAUUAUUCUUAAAUUUUGGGAAUCUUUUUGGUUAAUCAUAAAACUGUCAAGUUAUUAUGAUAUCGAGUAUAUAGUGAAUUACUACAGCGUUCUUCAUCAAUGGAGUGUCUCAGAUGAGGCUCAAUAGAAAAAUGGAAUUGUAAAUGGUUUGUUAUGGCAGAAUAUCUGAAUGCACUAAGAAUGAGCGCAUGCAUUUUUUUUUUCCCACCUGUGUUACUACGUUUUUUCUGGGUAUAUUUUGCAGGAUGGGAGAUUUAUCAAAACUUAAACAAAGAAAAACUAACUUAGUUGCUCAUAACAGCCAAUUGGUUUCCACCUGUCAUUUUGCAGAGCUGCUUGGGGAAAUGAAACUAUUGAUCGGAUUGGUUGCUUUGGACAGUUAAAGAGGUUGUCCCAUGACUAAUGUAACAAAUAAAAAAUAUAUAGGACAUGACGAUCACUUUCUAACAAAGCUAG